AUACACCAGGCGUAAGUUCAGUCAGCCGUUUGACGCGAACGUUCGCUCGACUGAUUUUUAUGCUAAACAUGCGUACAUAGAUAUACGUAGACAGAACAGAAGCUUAUUUUUCAUUCGCAUUGAGCUGCAGUAAACGAGAGGGCACAACAGGUAAACGGAAGACAUUUACAGGUAAAACCAAGACGAUCUCUGGACUGUAACUAUGUCUGAUGAACUGCAACAAGCAUGGGUUCCUGUUUUCAAGAUCCUCAUCUGGGUUGGCGUCUGUGGGAACUGCUUGGCGGUUGCUCUUUUGCUACAGAAGAGAAAAGUCCCAUCUGCUGCGUACAUCGUCAUUAUGUCGAUAGUGGAUUGCUUGAUCCUCAUAAAGCUGUACUUGAGUCUACAGAACCAGCUACCACCAUUCCGCGACAUGUACACCCUCGUAGUGAUGUCUUCAGUCCAGUCCAGCAUGUGUAAAAUGGUCGCUUUGAUCAUGGAAAGGUUACGCCUCGACUCGUCAGUUCGCGGAACUGUCAGCGGAUCAAGCAAUAUAAUGAUUCCUAGCAAAUGGAAGCCAGUGUAUAUCGCAGUGUGUGCAAUUUCCAUAUGCGUCCUGAUUGUGUAUAUCUCAUUAAGUCUGGAUCUAGGCAGCGAAUGGCGUCAGCUGCUGAAGAUUCUUCAAAUCCUGUUACUCGUCUUACCUUUACCUGGGAUGGCGUACUUGGCUAUCAACAUUCGUUGGUUUCUGAAGAAGAUGGCGCUGACAGCAUCAACCUUUCCCAUGACUCACGGCAUCCUAGACAAUGAGAGUAAAGCUGACAGACAGUUCACCACAUAUCUCAUCUCCAUAACCAUGGUGUCUUUCGUGACAUGCCCAAUAUAUGCCACAGUCUUAGUAGUUGAUAACAUAUUUCCCGAAUUACCGGGGCAGGGGAUUGCAAUUGUAACAUCCUUGACACUUAUCGUGCAGUGCGCGGUCAAUGCAUGUCUACAACUGGUGCAUACAAAACUAUUUCACCGUGCACGUCUUCUGAAUCAUGAUUUUGUGAAAGGACAAAGUGAAGGAUAGUGGUUGUUGAGAUUCCCUUUUGACUACUAUUUCUUUUAAAAGUCAGUGGUAUAUCAAAUGCCGUGGCAUGUGCUAUCUUGUUUGCGGGAUGGUGCAUAUAAACGAUAUCAUGCUUCUAAUGGGAUAACAAACAAACAUUUAGUGAGUUUCCCCUUUAAGACUAUAGGUUAAAAUUACCAAAUGUUUGAUAUCGAAUAGCUGGUGAUUAACAAAUCAUUGUGUUCUAUUGGUGUCGCUAAAAAAUAACACUUUAAAUUUAACCCUUUUGGCUAGAUGGUUCAUGCACUAUUUUCUCGUUAGUGACCCAAUGGGCUAUUUGUCUUUCCAGCCUGUGCUCCACAACUGGUGUCACAAAGGCCGCGGUAUGUACUAUACUGCCUGUGGG